GAAGAAAUCAUUAGCCAUUCUUACAGACGACGUCGUUUUGGAUUCGGGUUUGUCUCAUAAGCAAAUUCGAUUUGGGGAAGCGAUUUGAGAGAUUAGGAAGAGGAAGAAGAGGAAGAUGGGGUACGUAUUGAGGGUGAGAAUGGCAUCUUUCUUCGCUGGAGCUGCGACAGCGUCGUUCAUCGGCCUAUCUGUUCUCUACAAGGAUUACAAAGUCGCUCACGAAUCCAUCUCUCAACAGGCAAAGGCUUUACAUGACUCUCUGGAUACAAGGAUCUCUGCUCUUGAAAGCUUGAGACAAAGCGAAGCUCCUCAGCUACCCGAGACAACAACAACUGAUUAGUAUCUUGUCUCCUACAUUGAUACUCUCUGCUUGCUUGCUGAUGAGGUGCUCUUUUUGCGUUUAUGAAUAACUUGGGAGUUCUUGUAUGACUACUGUUUAUGAAACAAUGAAGUUAAAGGUAGUCUACAAUGGAUUUAAACUUUGCUGUAACACUUGCCAUGCAAAAAAAUUAUGUUUUGAUAUAUUGUUUUGGAGCUUAAGUCAGCAGAAUCCUGCUUUUCAGGCAGAUCAAGUUUAUAUAUGAUUUCAUGUGAUUUCCC